AUGAAUACUAUUCAAGACAAUGAGAAAAGCUGUGAAAGAAAAAAUGACGAAUUAGAAACUCCGAAGGAAGAUAACGUUGUCCCUCGAGUUACCUAUUUGAGUAUGUCAAUUUUUUGUAUUAUAAUAGCAUUGUGUGGACUUCCAGUUGGUUGGGAUAUAGGAACAAUUGGAUUCAUAAUCAGUACUUCUACAUUCAAAGAGACGUAUGGUAAUUCACUGGAUGGUGAGACCAAUAUAUCGUCUCUCAUGGUUGGUAUAAUUAUAUCGAGCUUUAACUUGGGUUGCUUGAUUGGAUGUUUGGGCUUAAGCAAGUUAACUUCAAGAAUUGGUUUCAAAGGUACUAUAUUUACAGGGAACUUCAUUUAUUUAGUUGGAACUGUUAUUCAGAUAUUAUCUGGAUGGUUUCGAUUGAACAUAUGGUUAAUGAUCCUAGGACGAGUUAACUGUGGUAUUUGUUGUGGAGCAUUAUGUGUCCUUGCACCUAGGUAUUUGAAUCAGCUCAUAAUCGUUCCAAAAAAAGACAUGUAUUUAUCUUUUUUCCAAACAUCUAUUUGCUUGGCCAUACUUGGUGGAAACUUGACCAACUUCGUCAUGAAGCAUGAUUAUUUAAAGAUAUUGUCAUGCCAAUUGACGAUCAUUCUUAUGACUUCUUGCUUGACAGUUUUUCUACCGGAAUCCCACCAUUAUUACAUCUCGAAAAAUGAAAUUGAUAAAGCAUUCAUGGUAGUGAAAAAGCUUCAUGUAAGAAUUUCCGACGAUCAAAUAAUAAAGUUAAUUGAUCAAGUUCCGACCAUUACUACUCUUCCAAAAGGAUGGAUUAGAGACAAACAGUAUUAUAAACCAUUGAUUCAAUGCUGUGUCAUGAUGAUAUUUCAACAAUUAACUGGAAUCAACUAUUUCUUUUACUACGGUAGUCUCGUUUUCAGUUCUCUAGGUAUAAAUACAACGACAGUCAGCAUAAUCAUGAGCGUUGUUAACUUGGUGGGCUCUUUAAUGUCAAACAUCAUUAUUGGCAAGUUCGGAAGAAUACAACUCCUUCUUAUGAUUGGAUCAGCCAUUAUGAGUUCUUUGCUUACCAUCUACAUGAUCUUGGCGUACAUAUCUACACCCAGUUCCCUAACAGGAAUGGUAAUAAUUACCUGCCUUUUUAUUGCAUCCUUCGCGACUACAUGGGGACCCAUACCUGGAAUUAUGGUCACCAGGAUAUCAUGCAACAGUAAUGAUAUAAUUGGUCUCGCCAAUUGUGUGAAUUACACCGCGAACUGUCUCAUCACUGUUGUUACACCCGUAAUGAUUAGUACCGUCGGAUUUAAUUUUUCACUCCUAUUUAUUGUCAGCCUCAUUUCACUGGUCAUCUACAUAUACUAUAUGUCAAGCUUAUGA